AUGUUUAGAACACAUCCAACUUCAAAGUUAUUACAAAAGGUUUCCACACGGAAAACUGGCGUAUCUAUACGUUCACAAUCUUCAUAUUCUUUUUAUAACGUUCAAGUUGCUUUACAAAAUGGAAACAAAUUUAACAAUCAACCAAAAAAAUUCAAAAAUUUGAAAAAUUCAAUUAAUAGAAGUGAUAGAAGUAUUUGUCAUACUGAGAAAUUUCAAAGUCAUCUCAUUCAUAAUAAAUACCCUACUUUACCAUUAUUACAUCCAACUUCUACAACGACUGCAGAAGCUAAACAAAUUAAAUUUGAUUACUCUUCUUUACCAAAAGCUCCAACGACACAUCAUUUGCAUUCCAGUGAAUUCAACACUGAUUUAUUUUACUCUGGUUACCGUCCAUUGUCCAUUGAUGUAAACCAAUUAGCUAGUGAACAAGAAAAUCCUUGCACUUGCUAUGAAAUUUCAUUAUCUAUGGAUAUAGUUAAAAAAAAUUUAAAAGUAUCAACUCCUUGGUUAUUCUCAGCUACCGGUUCAGAGUUAUACAAAGAAUGGGAUAAUAUUCCAAAAUCAGUACUUGAUAAUCUGAAAUGUUUUCAUCCACCACAAAUUAAACAAACUGUUGACUUCUCGGAGAAUAUCACCGACAUACAUGAAAUGAACAUUAAAGUCCAAGAUCAACAUGUAAGAAAUUCUGGAACUAGAAACAGAAGAGCUGGCCAUAGAAGGAGGAGACGUUCUUUCAAUUUUGUUGCAAAGAAAAUAAGAAAUCAUUAA